CCACGCACGGACCACGUUCCCGAUAUGGCCCAGGAGCGUGAGUUGCGCAUGGAAACUUCUUUCUCUUUUCCAACGCCUUCGGUCACGUUCAUAACUCCCUCUAUCCUACAACACCUGCCAGGGCAACUACCAAUCUGUUAUAUUUGAGGAUUCCCUGCGUAAGGAAUUUUUGUUGCUUGAAAAAUCUUCACUUCUCCUCGUUCGCCGUCUCGCUCGAACUCUCUGACCUGACCUUCUCUUCGGCUCUGCUCUCGCCCCCCCCUCUAAGCCACCAUGUCUCGCCAUCACCCCGAUCUCGUCAUGUGCCGCAAGCAGCCCGGCAUCUCUAUCGGCCGACUGUGCGACAAGUGUGACGGUAAAUGCCCCGUGUGCGAUUCCUACGUGCGCCCCACGACUCUCGUUCGGAUCUGCGAUGAGUGCUCGUUUGGUAACUAUCAGAACAAGUGUAUCGUUUGUGGUGGCGAGGGAAUCAGUGAUGCUUUCUAUUGCUUUGAAUGUACGCGACUAGAGAAGGAUCGAGACGGGUGCCCGAAGAUUAUAAACCUGGGAAGUUCGAGGACGGACUUAUUCUACCAAAAGAAAAGUUUUCGAAAUCAUUGACCCUAGGAGAGGGCUACUUUCACCGCUUGUCGGUCGUGAGUCUAUGGCGGAAUCGACUGCUUCGCGUACUACGUUCCUGCUCUUUGCUAGAGCACCAUGCCAAGGAUUCCGUUGUCUCAGGCAACGCCAAAAGAUAACUUAAUUACAGAAGAAGAUAACAGAAGAAGAUAAAUGAUGGAGAAAUAGCAGUAUAGGGAGCUGGAGGAUAGCGCCACUCUACCUUCCCGGUCUUCUCGGUCUUGCGAAUCCUCGGUUUAGUCCGUCGUUCUGUGGCGGACUCACUUCCUCCUGCAACCUAUCGCCCGUGACUUCGUCUGGCGAAGAUGC